AUUUAAGUCACUAAAAAGCUUUCCAUCAGACCACAUAGUUACAUUAGAGUUCUCAAAUCACACUUUUCCCACAAGUCAACUUACAUACAGAGCAGAAAAAAUUCUGUAUUUAAAAAAAGAGUCUCGCUGUUUGGAAUAUAAUGCAUCGCCAUGGGACAAUCCAGGCCCUUCUUUUGGCUUUUACAGCGUUAAUAUGUUUGCAAAUGCAACUAUAUGAUGCUCUGCCACUGCCGUCUUCCGAUCCAGAGCCACUUGACACCGCUCCGGCGGUCAGAACUGCCAGACAAGCCGCUUUGGAUCUUGAAACGGGGAUUCAGAAGUCUGUCGGCGGCUUUAAAGUAUUCCCAAAGAAAAAUCGUGUUGAUCUACGACCGAUGGGGACGAUGGUAACAAAGGAAUCCGCAGGUUUGCCCAAGGGAUCCACAGAUUUGCCUAAGGGAUCCACAGAUUUGCCUAAGGGAUCCACAGAUUUGCCUAAGGGAUCCACAAGCUUGCCUAAAAGCCGUCCCACAGCUGGAAGAAGAAUUUAUUACAAACAAGAUGAGCCAGCUCCAGAGGGAGGCUCUGAAGAAGCAAGCGCAGAAUCUGGAAGUGCCGAAGGUGGAAGUGCAGAAGGAGGAAGCUCAGAAGGUAAAGAAGGUGGAGGUGAAGGAGCAGUUGCUGGGGGAGGAGCCGCUGCGUCAGGGCAAAAAAAUAAACAAAAAGAAACUAUUUCGAAAUACGACAACGAAUUGGGCCAUCCAUUUAUGGAUGACCGCUUUAAGGACAUGCCAAGAAUUGCCAAGAUCGAGGCUAAUCCUGUGAAGAACUAUUAUCCCUCCUUAAAGAAUCUGACCACAGUUUGCAUGAACAGAACUACCAUUUACAACGAGUUUAAGAUCGAGAAUUGGUUAAUGCGAGGCCUUAGCAGCAAGAAGAAAACUGAUCGUGAAUUUUUAUUAGACCUGCGCCUUGAUAUCUUUGUCAAGGGCGAUUCCGAGUCCUGUCACAAUCAAAAAUUCUCCGACUGGCGGAUGUACCAGGAGUGCGCUCUCCGUCGCAACCAACGCAUGGAGUUCUAUAUACCCAAAUAUCCGCGACAGCAAAUCGUUAUGACUUGAACAAUAAUGGCCAAAUAUGUUGUUAACCUUAAAAAUUCUAAAUGCGAAAGCAAAAUUGUUAUAUUUCCCAUUUAAUUAGUUGUAAAGUAGUGUCAUGUUAGAAAUAUAUUUAUCAGCAACCAA